AUGGGUGUCCUUGAAGUCGUCGCAGAGCAACUGUCUGCAAAGCUCAUCUUCUCCUUUCUCCUUUUUGCCCUUGUACUUCGUGGCCUGAUUCGACGUUUCGACCAACAUCGCCGAAUCAAACACCUUGGAAAUUACGGCAAGGACAUGGGAACCUGGGUUCCAUUGGGCCUCGAUAUAAUUUGGACAGGUAUCCGCGCGACGAGGAUGCAUAACAGCCUGGAACUCUGGCGCGAUCAGUUCUUCAAGCGCAACAAGUGCAACACGGUUGAGGCUCGCAUUGUUACUGAACGCCUCAUCUUCACCAUUGACCCGGAAAAUAUCAAGGCCCUCCUAGCAACGCAAUUUUCUGAUUUUGGCAAAGGAGAGCCCUUUCGCCGAGAAUGGAGCGAGUUUCUGGGGGAUGGUAUCUUCACAACCGAUGGCGCCAUGUGGCACAACAGUCGGCAGAUGUUAAGACCCCAGUUCACAAGGGAUCGUGUCAGCGAUCUUGAUUGCUUCGAGGCACACGUGGAUACUCUUUUCAGAGCCAUGGCAAACGGAGGUGCUUUACAAGGAGAGAACCAAUUGGUAGAUAUGAACAAGGUCAAUGGACGCGUCGUUGACAUUGCCGAUUUGUUUUAUCGAUAUACCUUAGAUGUUGCCACUGACUUCCUCCUUGGAGCCGACGUCAAGUCGAUGAGCACUCCAAAGCAGCCAUUCGCCGAAGCCUUCAAUAAUGCCCAGCGCUUCCAAAACAUGGCCUCGCGUGCCGGCGGGCUCCGCUGGAUGAUUCCAAAAUGGCAAUAUCGUGCUGAUCUCCGCGUCAUCAACACCUUCGUCGGGCGCUUCAUCGACCUAGCACUGCAAAUGGCCCCCGAAGAACUUGAGUCCAAGAGCAAGGCCGAUAAGGGCUAUACCUUUCUCCAUGAACUUGCUAGAUUUACUCGCGACCCCAAGGUUAUCCGGGACCAGGUCAUUGCCGUCUUACUUGCAGGUCGCGACACCACUGCUGCAACACUAUCUUGGGCCAUCUACGAGCUGGCUCGCCACCCUGAAUGUUUUGCCAAGAUGCGUCGUGAAAUUAUCGAGGUUGUCGGCCCGAACAAGCCACCAACUUACGCACAUCUCAAGAACAUGCCUUACAUGAAGGCUGUCAUCAAUGAAACGCUUCGCCUCUACCCUGUUGUGCCGUUCAAUGUUCGCCUCGCCCUCAAGGACUGCACCCUCCCCCGUGGCGGUGGACCCCAAGGGACGGAACCCCUUCCCGUUCUCAAAGACACAAAGGUCGCCUACUCGACUCUUGUUAUGCAGCGCCGCCCGGACCUGUAUCCUCCUGUGUCGGAGACCUUUGCCGACCCUGCUCUAUUCAGCCCCGAGCGUUGGACAACCUGGCACCCGCAGCCGCAUCAGUACAUACCCUUCAAUGCUGGCCCCCGUAUCUGCAUAGGUCAGCAGUUUGCUCUCACAGAAAUGAGCUACGUUCUCGUUAGGAUGCUACAGCGUUUCGAUCGUCUAGAUAACCACAUGUUUGCGCUUGAUGUGAAUAAACCCGUGCUGAGAGCAGACGUCGUUUUGUCGCCGGGACAAGGAGUGCGCGUGGCGUUUUGGGAAGCCCGAAACGCCAAGACGGAAUGA